AUGCCUCCCGUCAUCCACCUAGUCCGCCAUGCGCAGGGCGUCCACAACCUCACAAAAGCAAACCAUGCAAUCCACGACCCCUCCCUCACCGACCUUGGCCACGAACAAUGUCGCACCCUUCGCCACGCCUUCCCCUACCACGAGCGCAUCGAGCUCGUAACCGCCUCUCCGCUGCGCAGAACCCUCUACACAGCGCUGCAGAGCUUCGAGCCUGCCUUUGAAAAGGGCGAUGGCGUGAAAUUGAUUGCGUUGCCGGACGUGCAAGAGAUCAGUGACGCUCCUUGUGAUACGGGGAAUGAUCCAGAGGUUUUGAAGAAGGAGUUUGUGGAGAAGGGGUUGCCGGUUGAUUUGAGGUUGUUAAGGGAUGGGUGGAAUAAUAAGUCUGAAGGUCGCUAUCAACCCACCAACCAGGCAAUCAAGGAUCGUGCGCGCGAUGCGAGACGGUGGUUAAAGGCCAGACCCGAGAAGGAGAUUGUCGUGGUGACGCAUGGUGGUUUCUUGCAUUAUCUCGCCGAGGACUGGGAGGAUAGCUCUCAGUACCAGGCAACCGGCUGGGCCAACACGGAAUACCGCACCUACGUCUUCUCCGAAGAAGAGCACAAAGACGAUAUCGAAGGCUACGCGCUGGAAGGCGACAACGCAACUCUCGUCGAGACAACGGAAUCCCGCAACCGUUGCGGAAAGGACGGUCCCACUCCCCACCGCGAGUCCCAGAAGACUCUGUACAAGCUGGCUACGCAAGGAUGGGAGGACCAGGGGUUGCAGCUUAGUACGGUGGAGAGAGAGGCUGCGAAGGUGCCUGGUGGGAAGGAGGUCGGUGGGGUGAGGGUAUAG